GGCCCAACAGCCCAGACCACAUAGAGCAGCGUAGAGCAGCGCAGAGCAGGCACAGCACCGCACCACAGGCAUCGCAGAGCAGGCACAGCACUCGUCGAUAAGCCACAAGACCCACAAGACACUGUUGAUUGUUUUUGUGUUGCAUCCAACGGAUCCACGCAACUGUUGCCACCUGUUGCCACCCUUUUUUGUUUCUGUUUUCGUGUUUGUUUGCUGUUUUGGACGAAGCCCAGCCCCCCGCAGGCAUUUGAUCAACGCCGCCAUUUAUAGAGAUACACAUACACAGACAGACGCCCCAGACCCUAGACCAUGAGGCAGCCAAGCAGACAGCAAAUUCUGGCGCUGGCCCUGUGCAGCGCCGUCUGCCUGAUCAGCGCCGUACCCGUGCCCCAGCCCGCCGGCAACCAGGAACUGGAUGUACUGCAGAUACCCCUGGCCAAUGGCAAGGAAAUCGAUGUCUUGACAUUGGGCGCCAAAGAUCAAGAACAAUUGAUAGCCGAUCGCAAUAAAAGAACGAUUGGAUUGCUGCGUGAACUGUUUCCGGAUAUAACCAAGAACGGCGCCACCGAUACACAAAUCGAUCUGUCGGCAAUUAACAAACAGCUUGAGGAGACCAUUCGUGUGGCCCGCCAGGUCAAGGAGGCGGAGGCGGCCGCCGCUGCCUCCCAGUCCUCGCCGGUUGCCCAGGCCCCCAUUCCACUCAAGUCCAACGAACCCAUUCAGCUGAGCUUCAACAACGAGCUGCCCACACUCAGCACAUCCAGUGGCACAUCCUCCUCCUCCUCACCAACUGCCAGCCUCAGUGAUGUGAAGGCAUUGAGCACCAAUGAUCUGCAGCAGUCGGAGUCCAAGUCGCCGGCCAUCGAUGAGCUGACCCUCGACUCGGCUGAGGAGACGGCCGAGCUGGAUGACCGCAACAAGAGUAAUCUGUUCAAAAGGUUCCUUAAUUUCGGCGGUGCGGGUCUGGCCGGUGGAUCAAGCGGCAACGGUGCCGGUGGCUCGCCCAGCGGCAAUAGCCUGGGAGCCGGCGGCUCCGGCAACUUCCUGCUCGAUGUGGUGCGGCUCUUCUCGGGCAGCGUCCAGACCCAGCAGGGCGAUGAGGCCGCCAACUCCGUGGGCGGCGGCGGUGCCAGCAGCAGCGGCCUCGGCGGCGGCAGCCUCGGCUCCGACGACACGGACGGAGACAGCACCCGUAAUGCCGAUGGCUAUACCGAGGGCAUUCCCGGCCCCGUGACGCGCCUGGUCGUGCUGGCCAAUCGUGGUCUGGCCAAUCUGGUGCAGGAUUUGAUUCUGCGCGUGGCCGCCACCAGCGAGAAGUUCGUCAACUUCAAGGCCAAGCUGAUAACGGCGCUGAUCUAAGGACCGAGUCCUGGCCUUGGCUCCAUCCCUGCACUGGCCACGCCCUCGCCCGAUUUAGUCAAGUCACACUCAACUGUACAGAGUCAAAUGCAGCAGAUCACACACUGCCCCCAUCCCCUUCCGCGUCCCCUCUGUCUGUCUCUCUCUGUUUCACUCUCUCGACCACCCACAACCACACACA